AUGAAUGACUCUACGCCAACAACCAUGAAAACACCUAUUUACUGGAAGAAAACAUUUUUAACAUGUCGAAGUCCUGCGAAUUCAUUUUAUCUCUGUCGAACUCUUGAAGAUGUUUACGAUGAUACAACACAAAUUCGCAUCCAGUGGUAUUCAUUUGUCGACGAUAAUCGUGAUGAAAACGAUAUCGAUGAGAAUACACAUUUCAAAAUCUCAUUCGAGGAUACUCUCGAUAUUCAAGCGAUUCUUACCAGUAUUCCGUCAGUUGUCACAUAUGCUAAUAAAAUAAUUACCUUGAAAAAGAAAGAUAUCGUUCGAACUCAGCGUCUGUUGCGCAAGUCAAUUCAAACCGAAUCAAAUCAAACAACAGAUGGGGCUAAAGUCAGUCAGAGAAGAAAGCGAAAAACCGCUGGUGAACAAGAUGCUGCUCCUGUACGAAAACGACGACGAACGAAAGAUGUCAAUGAGAUAGACGAAGGUACCUCAGCAUCAUCUGGAAAGACAACAGCAACAAAACAAACUGGAGUAUCAAAAGCGAAACUAUUCAAAGUUCAAAGUAAUCGUUUUCUCAAGGAAAAUCAAAAUGUAACUGAGUAUGAAGUUGAUCCGUUUUUCGAAUCAAAUACUCCUGCUCCGUUCAUCUCAUCAACGGUGCAAAGUAAAUUAGCAAUCCGUGCGGUGAUAUUAAAUGAUGCAGAACUAUUGAAAAGUCUAAUUGACGACAUCAAUCGUGUUUAUUCGGUGCAUAUCAGACGAGAUUUUGCUGGUAGUCCAUCGGCUAUUCAUUACGCUAUUAAAAAUAACAAUAUUCAGCUACUUGAAAUGCUGGUAGCCGAUAUGGUAGAACCGAAAACCAAUCGAUGUGUUAAUUUCGAAGUGCCUGGUAUCUGGCAAGCGGCUGAAAAAGGAAGUAUCGGGACUUUUCGGUUUCGAACAGCUGAGGUAAUGUCUGAUCGUGGAGCUCUCGAAGGCAAUAAUGCUUUCCUUAAGGUUACAGAACAAGUGAUAAGUCACUCACAAAGGAUGGAACUCAUUGAAUACGCUAUACGACAUCACUGUUCCCCAGAUGUUUACAAUGCACUUUACGAAAAGUUUUCGUGCUCGAGCGCCAUUGAUUGUGUGUGCCUUUGCAUUGAAAACGGUCGCCGAGAUUUAGCUAGUAUUACAAUGGAAAAAAUUAAGCAAAGAGGUCGAUAUGGUUUUAAUGAACUUCAUUACCAAGUUCUCAAAUUUGACGAUGAUGAAUUAAGAGUAAAGCGUGCAUCUGAGGUCACAAAAAAAGCAAAAGACGCCUAUCAGAUGACACCGAUUCAUUGUGCUGCUAUCAAUCCAAAUGCCAAAUACUUGAAACAAUUAUUAACCAUUGCAUCUGAAGUCAAUAUUCCCGACAAAAGAAAUCGACGGCCGAUACACUAUGCUGCUGUUUCUGAAGGAACGGAACCACUAGAAUACCUUCUAUCUAAAGACGCGAAAUUCAAUGAAGUUGACAAAGAAAGCAACACACCAUUACAUCUAGCUGCGAUGCAUGGCCGUCAUAGGAAUGUAGAAGUGUUGCUACGCAGAGCAAAAGAAAAGGCUGAAUUGAACGAUCCGGAAAACCAGCUCGAACAUGAAAAUUUCGGACUAGCGUCAAUCAAUCGAAAGAAUGCAUCAGGACAUUAUCCACUUCAUCUAGCAGUUAUUAAUAAUCACUUGAAAUGUGUUGAAAUACUUCUUCAAUAUGGUGCGGAAAUCGAUGCAGUUACAGUCGCUUCAGUUGAAAAACUAACAUCUUUGAUGUUGGCUUGUCGAAUCGGAUCACUUGAUAUCGUCAGGAGUUUAGUUAUCAAUGGAGCCCGAGUCGAAGCACACGAUCGUUUCAAGCGAACGCCAUUGAUUCAUGCAUGUAUGUAUGGACAUACACAUGUCGUUUCAUAUUUACUUCGUAUUGGAGCGAAUUCAAAUGUAUUCGAUUCAUCGAUGAAUACGGCUUUACAUUAUGCCAUUGCUUACGGUUGGUACUUUUGUGUUCGACUACUGAUGGAGGCCGGUGCGAACGUGAACUGUGCCAAUUUCUGGCAACUGACAUGUCUUGGGAUUGGUAUUCUCAAAGGACAUUUCGGUAUAUGCGAUUAUCUUCUGACUGAACACAAGGCUGAUAUUAAUUUUAAAACAAACAAUGGUUUGACGGUAGUAAUGCUUCCACUACGCUUACGUAUUUGGAAGACAGUUUUAGAGCAAUUAGAAUAUGUCAUUGUGAAACACAAUGCCGAUUGUACAUGUGUCGAUAUCAACGGUCAGAAUGCGUUUCAUCAUCUGGCAUUGAACGCCAAUCCACAGACCAAUAGUACUCUGUCGGAACACGAUGACAGCGAGCUGCGAACUUAUUACGUUCGAGUGGCUCAAAUAUUACUUGAACAUGGCUGUAGUCCAACUCAGAUGGAUAAUAAAGCACAAACACCGUUGGCACUUGCACUAGAGUCGAAUAAUUUCAUCAUAGUGGACUUUUUAAUUAAUGAAGCAAAAGUUGCACUGACGUUAGACAUAAGCUGCGGUGGAAAAACUUUACUACACUAUUUCGCUAUGAACAGUGAGAAUCCGGCAUUGACUGAUAUAUUAGCGAAAAUAUCUCCAAUAGAUCAACUAAGAAAGAUGGUUGAAGUAUAUGAUAAUGAAGGACGAACGCCUUUUCACUACUGCACAAAAAGAUAUGAAGAACACUUCAAGAGUCGACAUUGUGUAGAUGCCACACUCCCAAAAUACCAAUCGAUGGUUAAAAUGAUCAGAUAUUUUCUUGAAAUAUUGGAUUGUGAUCCCGAUAUCCCAGUAAAGCGUGUCGUAGAUCACAACAAAGAAGCUUCUGAACUGAACGUUACUGACUCGGACAUGAAUGAUUCAAAUAAUGAAGCACAAAAGUCUCUUCGGGAAACUUCUAUUUUCUACUUACUCUAUGAUACUUCAUAUUGUGGUUCAGCGAAUGAGCAUCCAUUACAAAUCUUACUGAAAAAAUCCAAGAACAUAAACGUUCCACUAUUUGAAACGAAACGAACACCUCUAUUACAAGCUAUUAGUGCGAAACAUUCUAAAACCGUUAGUCUUUUGUUACAGAACCCAUCGUGUGAUGUAAAUUUAGCUACAUCGACAGAAAUAUCCGAACUCGGCAAAGCGCCAUUGAUUCUCGCGUGUAAACUUCAGUAUUUAUCCGUCAUACGAGAACUUUUGAAUCAUCCAAAAUGCGAUCUUCUCCUUCGUGAUCAUCAACAAAAUCAAGCCUUUCAUUAUUUCUUAGCCACAUCAAUGCGUUCCGACGAAUACUUAGAGUUAUUCAAUAUUUUUAUCGAAAAAUUGAUGGCACUUGGAAAGGACACACUCAAUAGUCAAGGUGAAGCUGGUAGAACACCGCUUCAUAUUGCUGUUCAGUACAAUGCAGGUACGGUUGGUACAACCUACACAGUCGAAGAGGUUUUAAUCGAGAAUGGCUCGAAUGUAUUGAUUGAAGAUGAUGCCGGGAAUAUUCCGUUGCAUCAUGUUUUCCUCGGAAAUAAAAUUACCAAUGAUCCAGUGGAACUUUGUGCAUUAGUUAUGCAAGCGAUGAAAUACGAGUCAUUAGAUAUGAAAAAUAGCGAAGGAAAUACUCCGUUACACCUGGGUGUUAUGAAAGAAUCUAAUAUUUGUAUUAUGCUUUUGUUGAAGCACAACGUCAACGUAUCAAUUGAAAACAACCUGUCGAAUACUCCUAUUGCAACUUCGAUUGCAAUGAGACACGGGAACAUUUUGAUUACGUUUCUUCAACAACCAAUUGAUGUCGACUUGAGUAAAUGCUAUCAUACAUCCACCACAAGUGGUUUGGAGACAUCAAAAGUGCAUGACCAUGUGCGGACUACGGAGGUCUCUCAUAUAAAACCCAAAGUGAUUAAAGAAAACUCAUUAAUUACUUUGAUAAUCAAGCAGCGAAGUUGGGAAGGCGUUUUAUCAUUGAUUAUGAAUGAUCUUCAUCGUUUUCACUUAAAUUACAUUCAAGUGCUGGAAGCAGCGAUAGCUAAUAAUUGUUGUGAUAUUGCUCUUCGUAUACUGACAAAAGCAAAACAGCGAGCUGCUUUACAUGAAAAAAAUUCUUAUGAACGAAAUUUAUUUCAUAUUAUCGCAUCGACUCGAAUCUCCGAUAAGACAUUGAUGGAGAAGUGUUUAAAUUGCCUUUAUGAUAACAAAGUCGAUUGGAAUGCCGCUGAUAAAUACGGAAUGCAUCCAUUACAUUAUGCCUGUAUUUUCCACAAUAAAAUAUUCAUCGAAUUCCUGCUCAAGAAAUAUUCGGACAAAGUUGAUUUUAAUCAAAAGGAUCAAUACGGAAAUACAGCUUAUGGUCUAUUGUUUUGGAAUUCAGCGGCAAACAACUCAAUAGAUCAGACUUUUAUUCGAUCUAUUGUUAAGUCGGGUAAAUCACUCGACUGUUUAUGUACUUAUGUGAAUGAAUUAGCGAAAAGUCCAUUAUCGUUCGGCUCGAUUAACUCUUCAGCAGUCCAGUCUAUUCCAGAGACACCAUUUUAUUUAGAAGACAUUUCAAAAAUUAUACGAACAACACCACUGAUCAAUGCAAUCAUAUACAAUAAGAUUGAUAUCGUGCAAUUGUUACUCGAACUCGAUGCCGAUGUCAAUCAAUCAGAUGAAGAAAAACAAACACCGUUAAUGCAUGCUGUUCGUCAGAAUAGUAUUGAUGUAGCUAAGCUGCUGCUCAAUAAAGCUAAGUGUGCUGGAGAUCGAGUUGUAAGUAAUUCAACACACGAUGAGAACAAAGACGAACAGAUGAAGGAUAUUGACGUUACUCACACGGAACAAGAAGCGAUGGGUGAAUCAUCCACCUUCGAAGAAGCGACAAAUAUUGAUCUUAACGCUACAGAUGCUUUAGGUCGUACGUGUAUUCAUCAUCUACUUAGACCAUUAAUUGAGUCGUAUGAUAUAUUUUAUGCAAAUAACAUCGAACUGUUCGAACUACUGCAUACAGCCGGAGCGUCGUUAUCCAUACCUGAUAAAAUGGGUUUUACACCAUUGAAAUACGCUGCUAAGCACAAUGGAUGUCAGCAUCUCUAUGACAGACUUAGAGAACUCGUGAAUGAAUGUCCAAUGGAAAUAGAAGAAAUUCCCCAGAAACGUUUCAUUGUCAAUGAUCCGAACGAAAGUCUACUUGGUCUACAUGACUAUUACUCAGAUGCACAGAAAUACAUAGACGAAUACGUCGCAGCUCAACCAAUGAAAAUUUCGUCAAAAGUUUAUAAAGUUGAUCCAUUAUCGAAAAUGAGCGAAACAGCAGAUAUUGUCAUUGACUCGCAAAACAACGAGCCUUUCGACAUCCGUCUAACAAUCACAGAUGUGGAUGAUGGACUGAUUGGGCUAUAUAACUUCUAUCGAAUGCAAAUUAUUAAGCAGAGGACUAAAACUGAUCUAUAUCUUCUAUUCACUCGUUGGGGACGUAUCGGUGGCGGUGAUGGACAACAUCAGUUAACACCUUAUUCGUCAAUGGACGAAUGUCGAGCGGAGUUCUGCAAAAUAUUCCUUGAGAAAACGGGUAAUAUAUGGGAUGAUCCUAAUCGGUUCGAAAGACAACCAAAAAAGUAUAUGGUAGUGCAAUUAAAAAAUUCGCAAACCUAUAAAAGCACUGAUGUUCCGAUUGACUUUCGACGAUUGAAUGAUGAAACUCAACAUAUCCCAUCAAAGUUGGAAUCAGACGCAUACAAAAACUUCUUCAAAAUGUUCCUCAGCUCUGGGGCGAUUCGCACCAAUCUGGAAAAAGCAAAUUUAGAUAUCGAAUGGAUGCCUGUUUCACAGCUGAAAAUCGAGAGUGUACAACGAGCCCGUAACAUCUUGGCUAAGUUGAAGACUGAUAUUGAGCAUAAAGACCAGCUAAAACUUCUAAUUCAACAAAGAAACAUUGAUGGCAUGUCAGACGAGCAAGCUGAGUUUAAAAUUUUACUAGAAUCCAUAUGCCAACUUACAAAUGAAUAUUAUGGCGUUAUACCGUUGCAAGGUUAUGGUUCUGAGAAGUUAUCGAUGAUCGAUACUGUCGAAUCUGUAAGAGCACAUGCACAAAAGCUCGACGAUAUACUUGAGUUGGAAUUGUCUUACAAAAUCCUUCUAGCGGCACAAGCUAAUUUGAGUCGAAUGUCGCCAUUGGAUUAUUUAUAUAAAUCAAUUAACUGUCAAUUUGAAGCAUUGAAUCCAGAUGAUAUUGAUUCUCAAUUUAUUCUGCGUUAUAUCAGAGCGAGCGCACCACCAAAUACAAAAGUUGAGCAAAUAUUGAAAAUCUCACGAGCGAACGAUGAUGAGAGAUUCAAUGAACGAAAUGUGGGUAAUCGCUAUUUACUGUGGCAUGGUACGAAUAUUUGCAACCUAAUAAGUAUCCUAACGCGAGGACUAUUAGUCGAGCCUUUGUGUGCGAAAGGAACUGGAAAACAAUUUGGAAGGGGUAUCUAUACGGCCGAUGAAUUCGGAAAAAGUCUUGCUUACUGCUCCGGCGUUAAGAAAAAUGGUAAUGAAUCUUGUUGUAUGUUAUUAUGUGAAGUAGCAUUAGGCAAUACUCAUAUGGUUACCGAUAAGACAUCCAGUGACUGCCGGGCACAAUUGGACACGAGCAAAUAUGAGAGUCGCACAGCUCAUGGUUCAUCAAUACCUGAUCCUCGGUAUACAAUUAUACGAGACAGCGGUCUGUUUCUAUAA